CAGUCUGGAAGAUGGAGCAACUAAACUUCCCAAAAGUCGAACAGUCAUCUCUAAAGCUAAAGAUCUGUUGACAUCUCCUGCUGUUGCCAUUGCUGGAACUAUCAAAUGCAUCACAUCCUGCACAGUGGAAGAUCUUUACUGGGAAACACCUACAAGACGUGUUUUGCAGGCUCUAGCUUUGCCAGGAUGAUGCAGGCGGUGUGUGUGGAUGUACCAGGAGGACCAGAGAAUUUAGUGCUGCGAACUGUACCGAAACCUCAGCCUAAAGAUGGAGAAGUCCUAAUUAAAGUUCAUGCAACUGCCCUCAACAGGGCGGACUUACUGCAGAGGCGGGGACUGUACCCACCUCCCCCAGGUGAGAGUGAUAUCAUAGGCCUGGAGGUGGCUGGUACGGUGGAUACUCUGGGCCCAGGAGUGAACAGAGGCUGGAGGCCAGAUGACAGGGUCAUGGCCUUGCUCUGCGGAGGAGGAUAUGCGGAAUAUGUUGCUGUGCCUCAGGAGCUUCUCAUGCCCGUUCCCCCUAAUCUCUCGCUCUGCCAGGCUGCUGCGAUCCCAGAGGCCUGGCUCACUGCUUUUCAGCUGCUGGUCUUCAUAGCUCAGGUGAAGGAGGGUGAAGUCGUGCUGGCUCACGCUGGAGCCAGCGGAGUCGGAACAGCUGCCGUUCAGCUGGUUCGUCUGCUUGGCGCCGUGCCCGUCGUCACUGCGGGGAGCCCAGAAAAACUGAGGCUGGCCGAGAGCCUGGGAGCAGCAGCUGGGAUUAACUACAAAGAGGAGAGCUUCGCGCAGGGAGUUCACGACUUCACAGGAGGCAAGGGAGCAAAUGUCAUCCUUGACUGCAUUGGUGGGUGUAACUGGGAGCAAAAUGUGAACUCUUUAGCCACCGACGGCAGAUGGGUGCUGUAUGGGACCAUGGGAGGCAGGGCGGUGGACGGAGAUCUGCUGGGUAAGCUGCUCUCCAAGCGAGGCCACUUGCUCAGCAGCCUCCUCCGCUCUCGCAGCCUUCAGUACAAAGCAGACCUGGUAAAGGCUUUCUCACACAGAGUGUUACCGUAUUUCUCCGGCCAGAUGGCCUCCUUGAGGCCAGUGAUCGACAACACAUUCAACCUGGAGGACAUUGCGGAUGCUCACAGGCACAUGGAGACCAACAAGAACAUGGGGAAGAUUGUCAUUAAUGUGAUUCCACAGAAUCAGGAAACUCAAUGAUAAACAGCUGCAGCAGUCAUGUUGACAGAAAUGUAGUUGCUCUGAAGUGUAUUUGAUUUAUGUCGAGAAAUCUUACAGCAGUGUUAUUUGACGAGAGAUGAUUUUUGCACUGUGCCAUUUCUUCUAUACUGUCAUAAUAGCGAUAAUUGACUGGGGGUUCCUCACUAGUAAAUGUUUAUUAUCAAAGCACACAUUAAGAAUUUGUAUCCUUUAUGACCAAUUUAUUUUUCUAAUUCUUCAUUUUCUCUUACAGUAGUUAUUAUUAGUAGUUAUUGUUAUUUUAAUGAUAUACCACCUUGCAUUUCUGGCACAUACAGUAUUGAAUGAGUAUAUGACAAAUAAAACCCUUGAAUCUCUGACGAUUUUGCUGAUGGUCAGCAUUUGCAUAGUAUUAGUAUCGGUGAUGCAAAGUAACUAAGUACAUUUACUCUGGGUUUACCACUAGGCUCUUGUAUUUGUGGAAUUCCAUUUUAUGGUACUUCAUACUUCUAUUCCACAACGUACUUUUUACUCCACUACAUUUAUCUGACAUCUUAUUCUUCAUGCAAAACAUAUGGAAUGCAUUGUCCUAUGAAAAUAAAAAUAAUCUUCCUCUUAU